CAUUAAAAUUAAAUUUGGGUAUCAAAAUGUAAAUGAUAACUAAGUUGUAAUUAAUUAAAUUUGGGUAUGAAAAUGUAAAAAUGAUAGUUGCCCAAUUAGCUUGCGAGAUUAGACAACAGUAACUCAACUUGAUCUUUAUAUAUAUUAAUAUAUUGUCAUCGUCAAAAUCUUUCGAUGGUGGAGUCAUCCCUAUUACCUGCAAGUACAAAUAAUAACGAGAGAUAAGCUCCAUAUCCCACUCGAUCACUUGUGUCAAGAAUGAAAGUCACCAUGGCUGUGAACGGUUAUUUGCCGCCAAACAAAUUGCUAUUUGCCGCCAACUAAAAAAAAAAAUUUUGAAUUCAAAUUUUGAAUUUUCCCUCCCUUUCCUUCCUUUCAUUCUAUAAAUUCGGAUAUCAGGAACAUUUGACUCAUUCUAACAAAAACUUCUGUUGACGAGCCCAGUGCCUCCAUUUCCGGCACCGUUCUUCCGUCGUCGGCUAACCUCCCGUCGCCCUCAAUCGUCGGAAAACAAGUAAGUUGACUUAUUCAGGUCAGUUUCCGGCCAGUUUUUCAGUUUUCCGGUGAAAAACACGGUGGGCCGAAAAAAAUUGCGGCCGGAGCGACGUCGGGCCGAAAAAAAUUUGCGGCCGGUACGACGGCCGGCCGAAAAAUUCUUUCGGCCCGGUGACGCCUCAGCCGCAAAUUUUUUCGGAAAAAUUUUCCGGCGGCGUGUUCGUCGGCCGGCCGAAAAAAAUUUGCGGCCGGAGCGUCGCCGGGCCGAAAGAAUUUUUCGGCCGGACGGCGCACCGGCCGCAAAUGUUUUUCGGACCGGCGGCGCACAGGCCGCAAAUUUUUUUCGACCCGACGUCGCUCCGGCCGCAAAUUUUUUUUCAGCCGGCCGACGCACCGGCCGCAAAAUUCUUUCGGCCCGGCCAGUUUUUCUAUUUAAUUUAAUAUGAUAAUUAAUUAGCAAUUAGUGUUAAUAUUUAUUUAAGUUGGUGUAUAAAUGUUUUUUUUUGUAAUAGGCGUUUGAAAGUUUAAUUACUUAGAUUAGUUAAUGGAAUUUUAAUUAAUUAAAAAUUGAUUUAAUAAUUAAUGUUAAUAUUUAGUACAUUAGUUAAUAGAAAAUUAAUUAAUUUCUGAUUAAUUAACAAUUGAUGUUAAUAGUACAUUAGUUGAUAGAAAUUUAAUUAAUUUGUGAUUAAUUAACAAUUAAUGUUAAUAGUACAUUAGUUAAUAGAAAAUUAAUUAAUUAGUGCGCAUCUAAGUAUGAUAUUGUUUAAAUUUGUAGAUAAUUAGAUAUGGAUGAUGCGGGUGAUGCGGGUGGGAAUGAGUUGAAUAGAUUCAAUGGUAGGGUUGUUGAUGUAUCAGCACGAAGGAAGAAUAAGGAGAAUAAGCGCUCUCGAGAUAUUGGACAUCAGUCACAGGCAAAUUUAGGGGAGGAUGAGUUAGAGGCUCCUACUGUAGUUGCUUGUUCGGCAUCACGGGCGUCUGGUUCCCAUGGGAGGAACCGGGGUGCUGCAUCGAGAGUGGUCUCGGCUGAUUUUGAUGAGGACGAUAAUGAUGAGGAUAUCGAGGUCCCUCCACCUACGCGUGGACAUGGACGAGGGCUGUCUUGUACGGCAACAUCACGUCCUGCUAUGUAUAGGGACCGAGCUAGGCGAUUCGUACCACCUGCUCGUCAGGAGACAGAGAGCUCGGGGACUGGACGGAGAAGGGGAGGACGUUCGAGUGGUCCUCCACCGUGGGAGCUUGUUGGUGAGUGUCCUGGUGGACCUACGGAUCCUAGCCUCAUUAGGAGCUUUCGUGGCCACGUUGCCUAUGCGCUUUGGACGGGGGCUGGAGAUCAAGGAGUCAUCAGUUGCUACAGCCGUACAUCGGCAGUUUCUUAUCUGAGUAGCUACGUGUUUAGUCAUGUUGAGGCGGAGGAUCUGGUGGCGCAGUCAGGUCUCCAGCACCUGAUCUACUCUAUGUUCCGCAAGAUAGCGAUUGACGAGGCUUUGAUCUCAGCUUUUGUGGAGAGGUGGCAGUCAGACACGAACACCUUCCACUUGCCUUUUGGAGAGAUGACGAUCCUCCUCCACGAUGUUCAGUACUUACUGCAGAUUCCUGUUGAGGGACGACUGAUGAGUAGGAGUUCUGCGCAGCUUGACCAUCCGGAGGCGGGUUUGUGUGCGCUUCUUGGGAUGAACUCGGAGCAGUUGAGUGGUCGUUCGGAGGUCCCUGGAUAUAAUAAUAGGGGUAAGUGGUACGAGAAGGGUGGUUUUCUUGCAGAGAUGGCGUCCAGAUACUUGCAGAGCCACGGGACACAUGUGACAGAGGCGCAGUCGUACUUGUUGUUGCUGUUGGGGUCCACUUUGUUUGUGGACAAGAGUAGAGACAGGGUUCGGUCGGUGGUGAACCUAUUUUUGGACGAGUUGGAGGAGUUAGAUCAGUAUAGUUGGGCGUCAGGUACACUUGCUUGGUUGUACAGAUACCUUGGUCAGGCGUCUCGUGCUGGUGCCAGGGGGAUGGCUGGUUGUCUCACACUUCUGCAGUGCUGGAUCUACGAGUACUUUCCGGGUUUCAGGCCAUCUCACUUCGAGCCUGCCGCUGUUGGACCUGAUGAUGCUUGGGCUUCACGAUGGGUUGGGCAGCCGACACCUGGUUCUGAUGUUGGACCACUUCCAGAAACUGAUGUUCCAUGUGGUUGUGGUUCUUCGCAAAACAAGUGUCGAUCGCUCAUCUACCAGACACAAGGAAAGUCUUGAAUGAAUAGUGAGAUGACUCAACUCUAUUCGAGCUCGUGUUACCAAGAUGAAACACAUGGUUCGUGUAGCACUUUGCCCACAUUGUCUGAUGAGGCAACCACUCACCUCGCACGUAGUCGAACAUUUUUAUGUUCUUCACUGUCCAGACCCUCUCAAACUCAUUAAUCUUUUGAAGAAAACCCUCCUGAGUCCAACUCCAUGCAGCUUUGUCGAAAUAUUUCUUCCAUACCGCUUGUGCUACCUCUCUUUUUGCAAUUCCACCCAAUAACACUUCAAACUUUUGCUUCACACAGUUGUUGACGUGCCAUAAACAUAGUAGGUGGACAGUAUGUGGGAGAGGGAAGACCACAGGAAUAGAAGCAAGCAAACCACCUUCUUUGUCUGUCACAAUGACAUUCAGAACCCUAUCACCGAGCAACCCUUUAAUACAUCGCAGCAGCCACUCAUAUGUUUCCUUUGUUUCCUGCUUAAUAAUUGCACAUGCAAUGUUGAAAUUCUUCUUGACUGGAGUAACCCCAAUAAUCUCAACCCAUGGCCAGCCGUACCUGUUGGUCUUGUAGGUCGAGUCAAUGAGGAUGACGUACGGCCAUGCAUGCAACAUCUGAAUGGACGUCGGGUGCGCAAAAAACAGAUUAGUGAGCACAUUAUUAGAGUCAUUUUGCAAACAGAUAUGGUACCCACGAUGUUCAGUUCCGUGAAGCGCAAACUGUAUCACAUCCAUUUCACCCAUCUCAUCCAAUCUUGUCUUGGAAUUUAUGUUGUAAAUCUGUUUGAUAUCAUGAUGCACACCCCCCUUCAGUAUUGAGUGUCGUCUUCUGCUGAUUUGGUCUCACCCCCGCCUUCCUCAUUAUUCUUAACCUCUCUUUUUCAGCCUCACUAAACUGUUUGUUGUGUCGGUGAUGUUCUGGAUACAACACCUUUUCAUGGUUGUGAAACCCUCUAUUGGCUCCGGUUUCACGACUUGUCACUCCCACUAUGACCCAUGUGUUUGGACCAUCCUUUUGCCAUACUUCCUUUAUACAUAUCUGAAACUGGCAACUAGUACCCUUCGAACUAAUAUUCCCACGCGUCUCCUUCGUAGGGUCUGGUUUAUAAGACUUAACGAUCCUACUACUUCUGUCGCAAUACAUACAGAGGGCAGUAACAGGAUGUAGUCCAGCAGUAUUCGGUUUCCAUGCUCCUCUAACAAUAAAGAACCCACACUCCUGAGCGAUUGUUCUUGCAGCUAACUCAGCUAACUUCACACUUGCAUAAUGGAUCCCAUUCUCAAAUUCCUGUGUGUAAUCAUGAUCGGCCGGUAACAACUCUGACAUUUUUCCUACAAUUACAAUAUAAUACAUAAAUAUUCCUGUGAACCUAAACGCUAAUUUCAAGUCUUAACCGCUAAAUUCAACUCCUAAACUCUAAAUUCAAUUCUUACACGCUAAAUUCAACUCUUAAACGCUAAAUUCAACUCCUAAACUCUAAAUUCAACUCCUAAAAUCAAAUUUUUCCGAAAAAUUCCAAAAACAGACGGUGGGCCGAAAAAUUCCGGCGGCCGGAACCUGGUCGGGCCGAAAAAUUCCGGUGGCUGGAACCUGGCCGGGCCAAAAAUUCCGGCUGCCGGAGCCAGGCUGAGCCGAAAAUAUCUUGUGGCUAAGCCUGGUUCCGGCCGCCGGAAUUUUUCGGCCCGGCCAGGUUCCGGCCACCGGAAUUUUUCGGCCCGGCCGCCGGAAUUUUUUCGGCCUACAGUCUGUUCGUUUCAAAUCGUCGGAAAAAUUGUUCGAAACUACAAAAAAAUUACGCACCUGCUUAGUGAUGAUUCAUUGAUGCGUGUACGCAGUAUAUGUCGAGGAUAGGCUUUCCCGAUGAUUUUCCGGCGAGCGUUGAAUUUUUCUGAUUCAAUACGUUUUCUAAAAGUUGGAUAUGUUGUAGAUUGUGAAACUCCUUAACCAAAGAUGUAUAUAUAUACUUUUUUUUUUGGUUGGCGGCAAAUAGCAAUUUGGUUGGCGGCAAAUAGCAAGCCCCUGAUGGUCCAUUGGAUCCCUCUAACAUAGAUUGCCACACUCAACGGAUGCCCCUCCAAAGAACUGAAGAACUCGUUUUCUUGCGCAGGGUAACAGUGUUCCCCUCUUUGUGAGAUAAUUCUCCUCUAGCACCUUUAUCUAUCUCGGUUCUUAGGGACUCCCCACGCUAGCUUCAUAAUGUAAGUGAUAUUCACAUCUCAUAUCAUUCAUAGCUCCAGCUAGGGCUGUCAAUUUGGUUUGGUUUGGUUAACCAAACCAUUAAGUAUGAAAAACCAAAAAUCAAAAAUCAAAUCCCAAAAACUAAAAUCAAAACCAUUAAGGUUCUUAUUGGUUUUUGGCAACCAAAAACCAAUAAGGGUCUUAAUGGUUUUGGUUUGGAUAACCAAAAAACCAACAUGUACUCAUACACUCAUAUUUAUUCCUAUUUCUCUCCUUUUUAUUGAAUAAACGUCAUAAUAAUGGUAAAUGACCAUUACAAAUUAUUGGUUACCAUGCAUGUCAAAAGAAACAAAAAAUAUAUUUGUUGAUAAAUAAUUUUAUUCUUAUUGGUUUCUUAAUGGUUUCUAUUGGUUUUUCGGUUUUAACCAAACCAAAACCAUUAAAUUGCUUAUUGGUUUAAAACCAAAAAAAUGAAAUCAUGAGCUUUCCAAUUGGUUUGGUUUUGGUUAAAACCAAAAAACCAAAACCAAAUGGACAGCCCUAGCUCCAGCUCUUUCCAAGAACCAUUGCAUGGUGGUAUCGACCCGUUUGAUCACGAAAAACAAGUCCAAUUACCGAUUGCUUCGAUCUUAGAUUUUAUUAUUGGGAGACACUUUGAUAGUACACAAUCUGGAAUGAAAACAAUUUUAAUACUUCAAAUGAUAUUUCAAAGAAAGAGAAGAUUAUACAUUAGUAUCCAAGACACUAUGUCAAGUGGAAAGAAGAUUAUAACAAUUGAACUUGACAAACUUAAGUACCUUGAGAUAUCUUUGAUUUGAUUAUAGGGUAAUGUCUAUUUAUUAACCAAAUAUUUUUUCAAAUUAUUUUUUUAAUCCAAACCUAUUAAAAUACUAAUAAUUAGCCAAAUCUUUACAAUUUUGGCAUUCUUUCGUUAGCGUUCACAUUACUAUUGACGGAACCCACAUCAACAUUUAUAUUUUAUAUUGGUGUCCACGUCAGAUUUCAUUAAAAUAAUUUUUUUAUUUUAAGUAAUAACAAAAAAGAAAAAUCUCACAUUAUCUACUCCCUCUCUCUCCUCACUAGGGAUGGCAACAAAACCCGAACCCACGGGUAACGACCCGACCCAACCCGGUCAACGCGGGUAAAAUCCGUGUUGACGGGUUUUGGGCCGGGUUUGGGUUUAAACCCGUUCACUAUUCACCGGGUUGGGUUGGGUUUGGGUUUAGGUAAACCCGACCCAUGGGUACCCGCUCACACCCAUAUAGUUAAUUUUCUCGGUAUAUUUAAUAUUCUAAACAAUAAUCUUAUUUAUGUUUGUGGAGACAUGUCUAAUUUUUUCUUUCAAAUUGUGUAGAAUGAAGUUGAUGUUAUCGAGUGGAGAGUGAGAAACUUAAUUGAAAGGAAGAAGCUUUCAAUUAAUCAUGUUAUUUAUGGAUAAUUUGUGAAUUGUUUCAAUUUUCUUGAGUUUUCUAGAUUGGUGUUGAACAAUUUGUAUAAUUGUAUAGUUAAUUUGUGAUUUGCUUGAAUUUUCUAGAAUGGUGUUUUAUAUAUGGAUAAUUUGUAUUGAGAGAUUGAUAUUUGACUUUAAUUUUGAUAGGAACUUGUUAUUGUAAAAUUUUUACGACAAAAACCCGUGGGUACCCAUGAACCCACGGAUACCCAGCGGGUUGGGUUGGAUUUGAGUUUUUCAAACCCAGUGGGUUUUACCCCGGAUUUUUUUCACGAAUAAACCCAUGAGUUUAGCAAAACCCGACCCAACCCGACCCAUUGCCAUCCCUACUCCUCACUACAACCCCACACACACCCUCUCCAUAAAUCUCACAUUAUCGGGUAUGGCGAUACAGGACAUAGCAGGAUGUCGACGUAACUCCCCGCUCCACAGUCGGUCCCUUUCCACUACCGCUGAACAUCGGAGAACAAAUUCCCCCUCCCGCCAUCGACGACGACAAUCUUCAGGAUGUCUACAUAAUUCUCAAUUCUGAUUCCCCACCGACAGAGAUUUGGGUUCUUGAUUGAACGAAUCCUGCCAUUAAUUUUGCCAUCCCCGAGAAAUCCCCCUUGACAUCGGUGUCGAUUAAGCCAAUGUGAGGGUGGGAAUUGACGCCGAAGAGGGAGAAUGUGGAUUACUAUUCUUUGAACUUGAUGUCGCAGAGGCAGAGCUUGUUUUUGUCGGGAUUGUUGGUGAUGAAGGAAGAGGCAAGGAGAGAGACCUCGAGGUGGAGGUCUUGGAGGCGGAGCUCGGACUUGUCGUGAAGCUGUUGGGCGUCGAAGAAGAAGAGGAGGGAGUAAGGGCGAGGGGCUUUUGUGGAGGACAGGUUAGGAAACGGGAGAUGGAAUGGUUGUCGAGCUGGAUAACGCUAGAUUUGGACUGGGGAGAGAAGGUUGGCAACUAAGGGUGGGCAAUCGGUUUGGUAAACCCGAACCAAAACUGAAUUAAACUGAACCGAAACUGAAAUAAUGUUGUUCGGUUCGAAAUUCGGAAGGGUUCUUUCAACCGAACCGAUUUUCUCUUAUCCUUUUGGCACACAUCUCUUCGAUGUUUGCGACCCAGGACUUAGGCACUGGCUGUUUCAUGAUGUUGUGGGUGUGCCCCAAGAUCGAACUAUCUCCUUAAUGAAUUAGGCGCUUUUGC